UUUCCUGGACUACGGCAGUUUGUUCAGAAGUAUGUUCAGCAUUGCAUUGUCUGCUUAGCUUAUAAAAAAACACCGCGUCAGCCCUUACAACCGAUCGAGUCUUGGGACAAGCCUGGUAUUCCAUUUGAUAUUGUUCAUUCUGAUGUUUUAGGGCCCCUGCCCGACUCGAAUGGUUAUAAGUAUGUUGUUUUAAUUGUAGACGCUUUCACAAAAUAUUGCCUGUUGUAUCCUAUUUGUAAGCAGGAAUCUAUUAAAUUAAAACAAAUAUUUGAAAACGCGAUAUCUUUAUUCGGUACUCCUAAGACUAUUGUAGCGGACCGAGGACGAAUGUAUGAAAGUUCUUUAUUUAUUAAUUGGAUUAGAGAGUUAGGAUGUAAUAUUCAUUUCAUCUCUCCGGAGAUGCAUCAAAGCAAUGGACAGGUUGAGCGGUAUUGUCGAACAGUUAUGAAUAUGAUUAGAAUUGAAACUAAUUUUAGAAAAGAAAAUUGGUCGAGUAUUCUUUGGAAACUGCAGCUCAACCUGAACAUUACGAAACAAAAAUCUACGCAAUACUCACCUUUGAAUUUGUUAAUUGGCAGCGAUGGUGUAACGCCCGUCAUACGAUCCAUAGUACGCGAUGUUGCUUUGGAAGCAAGCAGUCCUAACCGAGAGUCCUUGCGCGAGCUGGCACGGCAACGUGCGUCUGAACUCUUGGACAAGAACCGCCUGCAACAGGAUGCUCGCGUGAACGAGCGUCGCAAGCCACCAAAGUCGCACCAGUUAAACGACUUGGUUUUCGUACGCAAGACAAGCCAGUCUUCCGGAAAAUUGGACUCCAGCAUGCGAGGGCCUUAUACCAUCACGAAAAUAUUACCACAAGGCCGGUAUGAGCUAAAGUUGGUGUCUGGCUCGUAUGGCAAGACCACUCAAGCUGCGGCCGAAUACAUAGUGCCAUGGCGUGGGGAAUGGACCCCAGAUGUAUGUAUGGCGUUCUUUGAGUGUGACGAGGAUGAGAUCAAAGAUCACAGAAUCAGUGGAAGUAACGCUGAAAAUUCGUUGCAAGAAGUUGGGGUCCAUGCUGACAAUUUACAUCGGUCAUCCAGCCCAAGCCACAAUACGGGCGAGGACGCACCUUCUUCAGGAAAGGCCGAAUUAGCAUAAUAAUUAGAAGACCGGGAGACGUGGCUUAGUUUACACGUAGGAUUAUAUCCUCUUUGGUUUGCAACGGCCAGCUCGCGCGGACCAUUGCGUCGUUGAUAUGUUUUUCUUUAUUUAGCUGUCAUUUGUUUUUUUUCUUGCUCUGAGAUUAGAUCGGACGGACGUUCACAUUAUUUUUGCUCGCUAGCUAUAUUUUUUG